UUUAUGUAGGGAAGAUAUUCCAUUGUUAUACUAAGUUCUUUUUGAGAUAUGCAGUGAGCACCAGGAAAUUGAGCAAGGCACCAUUUAGACUAGUUGAAUCCUGAUUCUGACUCUGUGCCUGUAAUAAUGAAUGAAUGUAAUGACUCUUUCAUAUAGUGCAGGGAGUGUCAGUUGCCAAUGUAGAUGAUGACACAAAGCAUUUGGGUUUGGGUUUGUGUCUGCACAAAUGUAUAUUGUACUUUAACCAUGAUGUUGUCAGAAUAUUUACAUACUUCAGGAAAACAAAAAGUUCACUACCAGUUUUCACCAGCAGAAGAGAUGGUUGAGGAGUAUAACUGGGAGACAGGUGUACUAAUAAGACGAGCCUGGCGAAAGAAGAAUACUUUUGGAGGAGAAGGGCAGUGGGAUGUGGAAAUUGGUGAUCCUGAAACAAGGUUUUUAAAUCUUAACCAAGUGGGCAUCAAGGAAUCAAGUAGUGCUCCAUUUGUUAGUCGAAGAAUAACCAAAACUAGCCUGGAGUGGAGGAUUAGGAAUCUCCCAUAUCCAUUGUCUGUGUAUACAGUAAAAGCAGAACCAGAAAGCAAAUGUAUAACUGUAAGAACAACAAACAAGAAGUACUUCAAGAAGUUGGCAGUACCAGAUUUGGAGCGAGCUGGCCUACUCCCAGAACAAGAUAAAAUACAAUUUACACAUAAACACAAUACUCUUAUUAUAACAUACCAGAAACCACCAGAAGUGUAUGGAUUAGAAAAAAAGGUUCUUCAAGAGUUAAAGAAAAUAAAACCAUGUAAGGAAGGAGACAUGCAGUGUAAUCCUAGCUGAAGAAGUUCAUGGAAUGUGCAGGUUCAGCAUUUAAAAAAAAACAUUUAAAGGUGUUUUCUUCAUUAUGGUAGACCUUCUGAAGUUGUAAACAUUUUUAUUUGCAAAUUCUGAUACUGUUGUGCAUAUUAUGUUUAUCUGAAAAAAAGAGAAGGUUCUCUCACCUUCCUUUUUCAAUUUAAACUUGUAAAAACCAAGCUUUACCUUGAUAUUAUAAAGUAAAAUAAGCUGCA